ACACACACCCACUUAAUUGCAUACAGCCCCAUGCUGUAGGAUCGCGAAUGCCUCGUAAGAACUUUAAUAUUUCAAUUGCACUUUUGGGGAUAUACCAAGACCUUCACAUAAUAAACUCAGCAAGAUCCAAAAAGUGACGCUCAUCUGAGAAAGCAAGAUACCCUGAUCUGAAUUUGAACAAGCUGUACUCGUUGAUCGCAAGCGGCUGAAGUGAGUAGCAUAACGAGCGGAGAUAGAUGGCCAAAGCACGGGGGAUCGGGCCGCCUGCUCUCGCAGCAGCUGUCGCUUCUAUACCUGCCAGCUAUCUGUGGCUUCGUUAUAGGUACCCGACAUUUUGGAAAGAUGUCGAUUUUGUGAAGAGAUUUGCGCGCCUCAACUCGAAUAUGCAAAGACAGCUAAAUGCAGGACAUACGAUUGUCGAUAUCUUCGAGCAAAAAGCCUUGGAAAACCCCGACCAUCCUGGUAUUUUAUUCGAGAAGGAGGCGUACACGUACGGAGAAGUUCGGGCGAAUGCUGCUCGCGUCGCCCGCUGGGUGACCUCGGCUGAUCCGACAUUGAAGAAAGGCGAUGCAAUUUGUAUGCUGCUUCAGAACAGUCCUGUUUUUAUCUGGACAUGGCUUGGUUUUCUCAAGAAAGGAAUCAUUACAAGUCUUCUCAACUUUAACCUGAAGCCAUCUGCUAUCUUAGAAUGCAUUAGAGUCAGUGAAGCCAAGAAGCUCGUCUUUGGAACAGAGUUCUUGGAGGUGGUAGAAGAGUUGAUGCCAGAGCUACAGGCUCUCAAUGUGGAGCUAUGGAUGGUUAACGAUUCAGGGAUGUCUGGCAUAGAGUAUCCAGUAGGGGUCGUUUCCAUGGAUACAGGCAUGAUGUCUGGUGAACCUCUUGCCAGUGAGCCGAUGACAAUGGAUGAGAUUUCCUCCUACAUCUUUACCUCUGGAACUACAGGUCUGCCAAAACCAGCGACGAUUCCUCAUCGUAAGAUCAUCCGUGGAAUAUUUCUCCAUGCUUUCUCUGAUCUGACACCAGAUGACACGUACUAUGUGGUUCUGCCUCUCUACCAUUCUGCUGCUCUCUUUAUAUCUGUCUGUGCCACCUUCUACCAUGGUGGGACUGUUGCAUUGGCCAAGAAGUUUUCUGCCAGGCAUUUUUGGGAUGAUAUAAGGAGACACGAUGCGACUGGUUUCCAGUACAUAGGAGAGCUGUGCAGAUAUCUUAUAGCCCAGCCUAAGCGAAACGACGAUGGCAAGUACCCAAGAAAGCUAAAGAUCGCAUUGGGGAAUGGUCUUCGGCCUGAAAUCUGGGAGGAGUUCCGGUCUCGCUUCAACAUUGAGAAAAUAAUAGAGAUUUACGCUGCGACAGAAGGCAAUGCUGGGUUCAUCAACUUUGAGGGAGCGGUUGGGAGUAUCGGACGAUACCCGUGGAUAUUGAAGAAAUUGAUAGAUGGUUUUCAGCUUGUGGAGUAUGACUUUGCAACAGGAGAGCCAACGAGAGGGAAGGAUGGUUUCUGCAAACUCAUGCCUGUUGGUCAGACGGGUCUUGCCCUCUUUAAGAUUGAUGAUAAGAAUCCUUACACCGGUUACAAAGGUCCCAAGGAGAAGAGUGAGAGGAAGAUAGUUAGGAACGUGAAGACCAAAGGAGAUGCAUACUUUAACACUGGUGACCUUCUGAAGAUGGAUGAUGAAGAUUAUAUCUACUUCAUGGACAGGAUUGGAGAUACUUUCAGAUGGAAAGGUGAGAAUGUAUCAACCGUGGAAGUUGCCCAAGCGUUGAGUUCUCACCCUGGUAUUAUGGAAGCUAAUGUGUAUGGUGUGAAUGUACCAGGUCAAGAUGGGCGGGCUGGAAUGGCAGCCAUCGUGCCAAACGAGGGCACCAGACUGGACCUUGGGGAUGUAUACUCUCACGUCUCCUCUCUCCUUCCCGACUACGCCUGCCCCAAGUUUCUGCGUCUGAUGGCCGAGAUAGAGGUGACCGGUACCUUCAAGCAUAAGAAGACGGAUCUUGUCAAGGAGGGCUUUGAUAUCCAUAGCAUCCCAGAGGAAGUCUUCAUCAUCGAGCCCUCGCAGAAGGCCUAUGUACCUCUCACAAGCAGGCAUCUGAGUGUCAUCAUGGCUGGACAAUCAAAGCUAUAGAGGGCGCUCUUUGCACAGAGCUGUAGCAUGCUGGGAGAGAUAGCCUCCAUCGCACAUGGGACAUGUACACCUACGUGCGCACGAUGAUAGGUUAAAUAUCCGUAGAAGACAACUAUUUGAAGCUGAAUGACCUAAUGAAUGACCAAUUAGGAAAGACUUCCACUGAAUCAACUAGCCAUGCACAGAGCCAUCCAUACACAAAUUUCAAUCAACUUUGUUUCAAUUGGACAUAAUGUUGACCAUAUUUUUCUAUUAUGCACUUGCCCAUUAAAGCAGCAAGCACCAUAUUGACCUGAUUAGAAUACAAUUGGCAUAAGUGCCAUACAGGUUUAAGGACUAAGACGAGAUGUAAGAGCUAGAAUUCACAAUACGAUGCUCCACCCAUCUGAUGCCACAGAUUUCCAACUUCCAAAAUUGAUAUGAAAUCUGCGGCAGCAUGUUGUGUGACCAUUUCAACAACUGUAUGUUUUCAAUCCACAGGAUAUUCUCCAAUUUUUGUUUAGUAUGGAAGUGAGGGAGUAGUAUUUUGAGAUUCCUAAGUAAAAGAAAAACAGCAAAAGGGAAGGGAGCAUUUAACGAAAAUUGUCUAAAUAUAGCUAGAAGAUAUAUGUCAUGUAUAGUUAUAUUAUUUAGCUAGCCACAUGGAGUACUUGGGAUUUCCCAUUAUCAGCUUCAUAACGUCAACUAUUUCCCAUGAUGCAGUUUGGAUUUUGGAAUGUCAAUUGCACUCGAUAGGUGUUGCACUCUAUUGCGAAUACUGAGAAUUAUUCGUUAGAUAUGUUAUUACUAUUCUCUGAUCCACUAUCACAGUUGGAAGUAUCAGAGGUGAAGAGUGUAUCAUUCCAUUUCACAUCUAAGGAGCUUCCAAUUCCUUUUUUUAUGAAUUAUGUGACAAUAAUCAAUUUUAAGAAAGGUGAUUAAGCAAUUAUUUUAAGAUGCCUGUCUAUAUCAUAAUCUAAUGAUUUCCUAAGCCCCAUUUUUGUUUCUUGCAUGCUUCAGCCUUGCUGACAUAUGACUCAGUAAACCGCUUUAAAAAAAAUGUUGCAGCAAAUUCAACAGAUGUUCAUGCAGUCUACUUCUUCUUUUUUCAUCUCCAUAUGCAAUUCAUUUAGACAUGAAAUUAUUUUGUUAUGCUGGGGUAGUUUUUGGGGCAGUUUUCCCCGUUUUGUCAGAAUGUCAUUUAUACUGGUCACUUAUGCAUGUAGUUUUGAAUGCUGAAAUUUGAAGCAUUGAUUCACGACUAUGGACAAAGUGUAUAAUUAUAUAGUGUAUAUUGAAAAUUAUUGUGUGUGAUAUGUACAGGAUUUUAUGUGGUUCAGGUGUCUAGAAUUGAUGUCAGCCAUUCUAUUAACGGCCAAACAAUAUAUGGAGAAGCCAGCAAGUCUAUCAAGGUGCUUUUGAUAAAAUUGAAUUACGUGGUAUGUGGUACCGGUAGUAACAUUAGCUAAAGAAAGCUCUCUUAUUCAACAUUGGAUGUUGAAUUUUCAAACAGUAUUCAGAAAAAAGCAUUGAGUGUCGUCCAGAUAUGAUCGGGUAGAGUACUGAUUUUUAGAGCACUCCGUGCCAACCUCA